AUGGGCACUAGACAUGAAAGCGAUACAUUGGACCAUAAUGCUCCUCUACUUAGCUUUUACGGACACACUACUCACGACCUCCCCGACAAUGAAGAGGAUAGGCACAUUGAUAGGGAGUCAAACUGCUCGGGCACUCGAUUUAUAUGGGCAUUGACAUUCUCUGCUGGUCUUAGUGGGCUAUUGUUUGGUUAUGACACAGGGGUGAUUUCCUCAACGCUUGUAUCAAUCGGCACGGAUCUCUCCAACCGCGAUCUUACAACACUAGACAAGAGCCUGAUUACAUCUUGCACAAGCUUGUUUGCUUUGGUAGCGAGUCCCCUUGCUGGGAUUCUGGCCGACAGGUUCGGUCGCCGAAGGGUUAUAUUCAUUGCAGAUGCGCUGUUCGCUCUAGGAGCUCUUGUGCAGGCAAUCUCCAAUGAAGUAUGGAGUAUGAUUGCUGGUAGAAGUAUUGUGGGAUUAGCUGUCGGCGGUGCGAGCUUGGUCACUCCAAUAUACAUCUCCGAAUUGGCACCAUCCAAUAUGAGGGGCAGACUGGUGACGAUCCUCUCCUUGUUCAUCACAGGUGGUCAAGUUGUAGCAUACGUCGUGGGUUGGCUCUUUUCCUCGAUUGAUGGAGGAUGGCGCUGGAUCGUUGGCCUUGGAAUACUUCCCGCACUCUUCCAGCUUGUUAUCCUCACCGCUCUACCUGAAACGCCCCGAUGGCUGGCACAAGCAGGAUUCGAAACAACUGCUAUAACUGUCCUGGGGAAGAUCUACCAGGGUCAUCCAGACAGUAACUACAUUGCUAAACAAAUUUUACGGGAAAUACAACAGGAGGUAGCGGAAGAAAGGUUGGGCCAUCCUGAUAGUUCUUCUGGGGCCGACCAACAAUGGCUUCACUACAUCUCGCAGCGCACCAAAGACCUCUUCUACAUUGGCGGCAAUAGAAGAGCUUUGAUAAUAGCAAUGAUGCUGCAAGGUUCGCAGCAGCUUUGCGGUUUCAACAGCCUUAUGUACUUCUCCGGCCUCAUAUUUUCAUCUCUCUCCUUUUCAUCGCCGACGCUCACGUCGCUGUCAGUGGCCACGACUAACUUUCUUUUUACAUUGCUUGCAUUUACCUACAUCGAUAGAAUCGGCCGACGCCGAAUCCUCCUUUAUUCCAUACCUAUCAUGACACUAUCUCUCAUCGUUUGCGCAAUAGCUUUCUCUUUGGUAUCAUCAGAUUUGACCUCUUAUCCACAGACCCGUGCAGGGUCUAGUGACACCGUGACGGGUGACCCAACGCUCCCUAUCACCAUACUUUUGUGUUUAACGGUUUACACCGCUUCUUACGCCUUCGGGCUUGGCAAUGUACCCUGGCAGCAGUCCGAGCUGUUUCCUUUAAGUGUACGGUCUCUCGGGUCUGCAUUCGCUACAGCAACGAACUGGACCUCAAACUUCAUUGUUGGGCUUACUUUUCUUCCCAUGAUGGAACUGUUGUCCCCAGGGUGGACCUUUGCGACAUAUGCGGUCGUCUGUGCAGUUAGCUGGUUUGGUGUGUGGAUGAUCUAUCCUGAAAUGAGUGGGCUCGGUUUAGAAGAGGUCAAGGAACUCCUCGCAGAUGGCUGGGGUGUCAAGGAAAGUCUGGUGAGGACCCGCAACAACUCCUAA